GCGGCAGGGAGGGAGGGAUAUUGAGUAAGCCCUUUUCCCACAAAGCCGCUGUGCAGCGGUCCCCUCUCCCCGCCCGGAUCCCCUGGCUGUCGCAGGAGUGCGGGGGAGCCGCUGCGGGCCCUUUAAGGGCCGAGAGGUGCGCGGUCUCUUUAAGGCAGGUCCGGGUGGUUUCUGUUUUCUGAAGGAAGUGACGGGGGGGUGGGAUUGAAUGAAAAGUGCAAAACAGAGUCUCAGCGCCGGAGUCGGGGGCCUCUGGAGCCCCGGGAACGCCGUGUCCGCCUCAGGGCAGCUGGGGGCACUACGCGGAGCGCAGCUCACGUGCGUCCACGCCACUUUGCGGGCGACCAGCGGCUGAGCCUCCCGGGAGCCGCUCCUGGGCGCCCCCAACUAACCACUAACUUCGAGCAAAGUUUGGCAGCGCCUCUCCCCGCCCGCACGCGGCGUGCCGGGGCCGCAGAGGGCGAUGCGCCUGCCCGGCUGCCACGGGGUCCCCACGGCGUCCCGAGCGCUGUUGCUGCUGCCUCUGCUGGUGCAGCUGCUGGGGGCGCCGCGCGGCGUGGGCGCGGGGGCGGGUGCGCCCGCAGAGCUGAGGGUCCGCGUACGGCUGCACGACGGCCAGGUGACAGAGGAGAGCCUGCAGGCGGACAGCGACAACGACAGCAUCAGCCUGGAGCUGCGCAAGCCCGACGGCACCCUCGUCUCCUUCACCGCCGACUUCAAGAAGUAUGUGAAGAUCUUCCGGGCCCUGAUCCUGGGAGAGCUGGAGAAGGGUCAGAGUCAGUUCCAGGCCCUCUGCUUUGUCACCCGGCUGCACCACAAUGAAAUCAUCCCCAGUGAGGCCAUGGCCAAGCUUCGACAGAAAAACCCACGGGCAGUGCGUCAGGCCGAGGAGGUGCGGGGCCUGGAGCACCUGCACAUGGACAUCGCCGUCAACUUCAGCCAGGGGGGCCUGCUGAGCCCCCAUCUCCACAACGUGUGUGCUGAGGCUGUGGAUGCCAUCUACACCCGCCAGGAGGACGUCCGUUUCUGGCUGGAGCAAGGUGUGGACAGCUCCGUGUUUGAGGCUCUGCCCAAGGACACAGAACAGUCUUUGCUGCCUCCCUGCAGGCAUGUGGGGGACCGAGGGAAGCCCUGCGUCUGCCACUAUGGCCUGAGCUUGGCCUGGUACCCCUGCAUGCUCAAGUACUGCCACAGCCGUGACCGGCCAGCGCCCUACAAAUGUGGCAUCCGCAGCUGCCAGAAGAGCUACAGCUUCAACUUCUACGUGCCCCAGAGGCAGCUGUGUCUCUGGGAUGAGGACCCCUAGCCAGGCUAGGGUGUGGGGGUGGGCCCCAGGAGGCUGCCAUGGGCUCACCACUCAUCCCCCAGCCACUCAGUGGAGUGGCAGCCCACACUGUGGCCUUAUUUCCCUUCCCUCCCCUUCCCUUAAUCCUGGAGCUUCUGGCCCCAUCACUCGUGACUGUGAAAAGGGCUGUGGCACGGCAGGGGUUAACUCACGAAAGCAGCUCCCACGCUCACCCUGUGCCUUCCUUGAGGACAGAGAGGAGAAAGGGUGCUACACAUUGCACCCUUCCCCUCCCCCACGAAGUGCUCUUUUUCAAGCCAGCAAAAUGUCAUGGCCUGAGAUUCUCCUGUUUAACUCUUCGAAGGUUUAGACCCUAAAAGGCGUCUUUGCCUGUUAUACCCACCUCCCCACACACAACCACCCUACCCUGUAGGCCAUCUGGAAGGAGCUGGCCCCUCUGUACUUUCGACUGCCCAACAAGGAGGGGAUCAUUGCCCCAGAGAGGGGGUUGUUGGGACCAAUGUCACAGCCCCUACACCAGAUCACAAUGUCUUCUUCUCCGAGGACUGGCCUCCGAGGACUGCACUGGGGUAGGUUGGGGACCUUCCAGCUCUGAGACAGACUGCCUGUGCCUUUCCCCAGACCGCCUGUGCCUUUCCCCAGACCUGGACUUGACCGUGAGAGCAGGCACCACAUUUCCUCCUCUAAACAGAAAUGUUUGUAGGGUUCUGGCAGGGAAGGAGCAUGAAGUAUGAGGAAAACUUGAAUUUCAGAUUUUUUAAUGCAAAGUAUUUAUCAUUUCUACCAGAAAUAAAAGUUUAAAUUUUUACUUGACCGACAGCUCUAGAUGUGGAGUUCUCAGAGAACUUUUGGCCAGUGCUGUCACCUGGUGUUAGGAGAAGUGUUCCAUACUCUAUUGGUGACCUUGGGACAACUUCUAGAGCACCUAUUGUGUGCUGCUCAGCCACUAUGUAGUGGGGAGAGGAUGUGGGUGGGGGGAUGUUACUAGGGAAGGAUAAGACAAAACUUCUGCACUUAAGAAAAGGAGACAUACAUAGAUGAGCAAGCCAGACAGUAGUAGACAGCAAGAGAUAUAUUCAGUCAAGAGAUAAGGUGAAAACUCCGGAACCAGAUUUCCAGGGUUCAAACCCAGACCUUAUUUUUUAUUUGCUGUGCAAUCUUGGGUCAAGUUACUUUAUCACUCUGUGCUUCAGCUCUCAGCUAUAAAAUGAGCUAAAUUGUGAGACUCAAGUGAAAUCAUACAUGUCCAGUGCCCAGUACGUAGUGAGUGUUCACUGUGUUAGCUAUUAUUAUAUCGUUACUAUUAGUGAAAAGAGAAGACAUUUCAUCAUCUAUAAACCUGAGACAACUAAAACAGACAUCUUGAAGGCCUCUUCACUUCAAAAGUAUCUUCCAAUAUAAAGAGGCUGCAAUAUGAAGUGCUGGGCCAGAUGCUGGAGAAAGACGGGUAUACAAGCUGAAGUUAUUGCUGAAUUUAUCUCCUGGAUGAGACAGAACAUGGGUUGAGGUUGAAGGAUGAUAAGAAUUUGCCAAGGUGGAGGGGACUGUGUAUUUCAGGGACUUGGAAAGUCUCAGGGGUCCCAUAGGGGACCCAAUUCCUUAGGAAAGGAGCCUGGGAGAGUCAGAUCUUCCCUCAAAGGCCUUAGAGAAGGAAAGGGGCUUGCACAGCAGUCUCCCUCACUCUGCUCCCCAGUACUCCCAGAACUGGCUGCUGCCCCUUGAACCUGUGCGGGCUAGAGGGUUGUGGUGGGAGCCAGGCUUGCUUGGCUAUGGUCAAGUUAGGGGUCAGUGGGGAGACAUCCUUUUCAGGUGGGCAUGCCUCUUCCUGAACCUGUUCACAAGGAUCAGUUUCAGUCAUGCUGUUGGACAGGAGAGGAAGGUAUUCCUCCGCAGGCCUUAUCCUCCUUCCCCUCCUGCCCAAUAUGGGGCCUCAGUCCUAAGGCCCACCUUCUCCUCCAGGUGGGGGAGGAGGUUACUUGGAGAAGGCACCUCCCAGCCUAUGUGUCUGCCUUUAUUAUUGGGGGUGGGGUCCCCAAAUCAUAUACCUUCCUUACUUCCAAAUAGCCAAAAAUAAUGCUUUUUUUAAAAGUAAUGUUUU